AAUGGGAAGUGGUGGCGGAACGGCUCAGGUGACGGGUUCAGGCUAGUAGCGGUGGCCGUUGCGUCCCUGUCCGGUCUCUCUCUUGGAGGACCCGCCUUGGCACGGGCCGGGCUCGGUCGGGCGUUGCGCUGAUUAAAAAUGACAGCAAUCAAGCAUGCGUUACAGAGAGACAUUUUUACACCAAAUGAUGAACGCCUGCUGAGUAUUGUCAAUGUCUGCAAAGCAGGAAAAAAGAAAAAGAACUGCUUUUUGUGUGCCACAGUGACAACUGAACGCCCUGUGCAGGUGAAGAUGGUCAAAGUCAAGAAAUCUGAUAAAGGAGAUUUCUACAAAAGGCAGAUUGCUUGGGCCCUUCGAGACCUUGCUGUGGUAGAUGCCAAGGAUGCUAUUAAAGAAAAUCCUGAAUUUGAUUUACAUUUUGAAAAAAUAUAUAAGUGGGUUGCCAGCAGCACUGCUGAAAAGAAUGCAUUUAUUUCAUGCAUUUGGAAAUUGAAUCAGCGAUAUCUCCGGAAGAAAAUCGAUUUUGUCAAUGUUAGCUCACAGCUCUUGGAAGAACUGCCUAAAGUUACAGAAGAGUCUGUUCCAAGUGGAGAAAAUCAGAGUGUGACAGGAGGUGAUGAAGAGGUAGUAGAUGUAUACCAAGAGUUAAAUGCAAGAGAAGAGCAGGAUAUUGAAAUAAUGAUGGAAGGCUGUGAAUGUGCAAUCUCUAAUGCUGAGGCCUUUGCAGAAAGGUUGUCCAGAGAGCUGCAGGUGCUGGAUGGGGCCAACAUCCAAUCAAUCAUGGCCUCUGAAAAGCAAGUGAACAUACUGAUGAAGUUGUUGGAUGAGGCUCUAAAGGAGGUAGAUCAGAUUGAGUUGAAACUGAGCAGCUACGAGGAAAUGCUCCAAAGUGUGAAAGAACAAAUGGAUCAGAUCUCAGAAAGCAACCACCUAAUUCAUCUGAGUAACACUAAUAAUGUAAAGCUCCUGUCUGAAAUAGAGUUUCUUGUGAACCACAUGGACUUGGCCAAAGGUCAUAUAAAGGCCCUUCAAGAAGGAGAUCUCUCCUCUUCUAGAGGCAUUGAGGCCUGCACCAAUGCUGCUGAUGCCCUUUUGCAGUGCAUGAAUGUAGCUCUUCGUCCAGGUCAUGACAUGCUCCAGGCAGUCAAACAGCAGCAGCAGCGUUUCAGUGAUUUGCGCGAGCAGUUUGCCCGGAGACUGGCCAGCCACCUCAACAAUGUUUUUGUUCAACAGGGUCACGAUCAGAGUUCAACUCUUGCUCAGCACUCUGUGGAACUGGCUUUGCCCAACCAUCAUCCGUUUCACAGAGACUUGCUUCGCUACGCCAAGCUGAUGGAGUGGCUAAAGAAUACAGAUUAUGGAAAAUAUGAGGGACUAACAAAGAAUUACAUGGAUUAUUUAUCACGACUAUAUGAGAGAGAAAUUAAAGAUUUCUUUGAAGUUGCAAAGAUCAAAAUGACUGGCACAACUAAAGAAAGCAAGAAGUUUGCUACACUGCCUCGAAAAGAAAGUGCUGUCAAACAGGAAACAGAGAGUCUUCAUGGAAGUUCUGGGAAAUUAACUGGAUCUACUUCUAGUCUAAAUAAACUCAGCGUUCAGAGUUCAGGGAAUCGCAGAUCUCAGUCAUCUUCUUUGUUGGAUAUGGGAAACAUGUCUGCCUCUGAUCUCGAUGUUGCCGACAGGACCAAAUUUGAUAAGAUCUUUGAACAGGUACUAAGUGAACUAGAGCCCUUGUGUCUGGCAGAACAGGACUUCAUAAGUAAAUUUUUCAAACUACAGCAACAUCAAAGUAUGCCUGGAACUAUGACUGAAGCAGAGGACCUAGAUGGAGGAACAUUAUCCCGGCAACAUAAUGCUGGUGUGCCACCGCCUGUCUCAUCUGAGAAAGAUAUGAUCCGUCAGAUGAUGAUUAAAAUAUUUCGCUGCAUUGAGCCAGAACUGAACAACCUGAUUGCAUUAGGAGACAAAAUUGAUAGCUUUAACUCCCUCUACAUGCUUGUCAAAAUGAGCCAUCACGUGUGGACCGCACAGAAUGUGGACCCUGCUUCCUUUCUGAGUACUACAUUGGGAAAUGUUUUGGUGACUGUCAAAAGGAACUUUGACAAAUGCAUUAGUAACCAAAUAAGGCAAAUGGAAGAAGUAAAAAUUUCAAAGAAGAGUAAAGUAGGAAUUCUUCCAUUUGUUGCUGAAUUUGAAGAAUUUGCUGGACUUGCAGAAUCGAUCUUUAAAAAUGCUGAGCGUCGUGGAGAUCUAGAUAAAGCAUACACUAAACUUAUCAGAGGAGUAUUUGUUAAUGUGGAGAAAGUAGCAAAUGAAAGCCAGAAGACCCCCAGAGAUGUAGUUAUGAUGGAAAAUUUUCACCAUAUUUUUGCAACACUUUCUCGUUUGAAAAUCUCGUGUCUAGAAGCUGAAAAAAAAGAAGCCAAACAAAAAUACACAGAUCACCUUCAGUCUUAUGUCAUUUACUCUUUAGGACAACCUCUUGAAAAACUAAAUCAUUUCUUUGAAGGCGUUGAAGCUCGAGUGGCACAAGGUAUAAGAGAGGAGGAAGUAAGCUAUCAACUUGCAUUUAACAAACAAGAACUUCGUAAAGUCAUUAAAGAGUAUCCUGGAAAGGAAGUGAAAAAAGGUCUAGAUAACCUCUACAAGAAGGUUGAUAAACAUUUAUGUGAAGAGGAAAACUUACUUCAGGUGGUGUGGCACUCUAUGCAAGAUGAAUUUAUACGCCAAUACAAGCACUUUGAAGGUUUGAUAGCUCGCUGUUAUCCUGGAUCUGGUGUUACAAUGGAAUUCACUAUUCAGGAUAUUUUAGAUUACUGUUCCAGCAUUGCACAGUCCCACUAAAAAAAAAGAGAUAAAUGAAAGGAGUGUCUACUAUUUUGUGUGUGUGUAUAUAUACAUAUGUAUAUGUGUGU